AUGCAAAAAGACGAAUACCAUCACUACAUUCCAAGAUUCAUUUUACGGAACUUUGCUAUUGACAAUUAUGAAAGGAUAUUUACGAGUAAUAGGAAGCAAUUCAAUCAGAAUCAAAAGUUUUGGAAGACGAAAAAGAAGGGGGAAUCACUUCAAAUUUACGAUAGAGAUAAGGAUCAAUUAGGUAUUUCAUCAAUUGCGAGAACUUAUGGAGACAUAAACAUGUAUAAAGAUCUUAAUCAUGAUGACACAAUGCAUGUGGAAAAAAAAUUAGCAAAUCUUGAAGAGAAAGCAUCAAAGGUAGUCAGAGAUAUUAUCGAGGCGUCUCAAAUAAAUGGCCAAAUAGAUAAUAGAUUUGAUAUAGUUACUGAGUCAAUGAUAAAAAGUUUUAUGCAGGAGCAUAAUUUAGAAAAUCCGCAAGAAGUAUGGUUACAGAAUGUCCGAGAAAUAUUAGAUACCCCACAUGAAGACGUUGAAACCAACUUGCGAGUCUUUCCUGUAGAUAAAAUGGAUUAUAAAAUGCGCAUAAUCGAUUGUUUUCUCGCAAUUUGGCAAGCUGGUGAAAAUGAUGAAUUUAUUAUGACCACCAACGCAUUUGGAAUCUUUGAAGGUAUAAAUAUGAUUACGCCAAUGGGUCCAAUUCAACACGCCUUUCAUUGGUUUUAUGUUAUCUCCCCCAAGUUAUUGUUAGUUCUUUGUGAUUUUAGAUUUCGAGAAGGUAUAGGAUUUGAAAGUUUAGAUAGAUUUUAUGGGUCUAAACAUCGUUCAAUUUUUGGAAAUGUUCCUCAUCCACCACCAAUUCCAGAAUAUGUGAAUAUCUCUCAAUCUAAAUUAAAACCAGAUAGUGAAUCUGAUGAUACGCUUGAUUGGCUUGCAAAAGAUCAUUGGGACAAACAAACGGGUAUCAAAAGACAACCUAAUGACAAAUUUACCUUUACAUUCGUUAAAGUCAAUUCGGCCACCGUUCACCUUGUAAAUUCUAUUUUGCUGAAUGAGGCUACACCAGAUCUACAAGUGUCAGUUCUUUCCCUUUCAUAUCUCUAUAAGACAAUAGUCAAAUACAAUAAAAGUGUCAAGGAUACUAGUACACUGCAAAACUUCUCAAAUAUGAAAAAAAACUUUGUUCAGAGCAUUAAAUAA